AGACUGUAGUGGAAAAGGGACCCAGAUCUUUUUCUCUUUUUUUUCAUCCCUGUUUGAGUUGCUCUGGGAAAAAUACAUGUUUUACGGAGGGAAAUUAAAGUGCGAGCCCGGGACCACACAGUAGCAACGGCCAGCCGAGGGAUGUUACCCGCGAGCGUGCAAGCUUCCUCAUCUGCAAAAUAGGAUCGUACAUGUUUCUAUUGUCAACUGAAUUUUUCUGUUUGGUCUUAUUUUCAGAAGAACAAGGAAGGAAAAAGGGCAGUGAAAAGGAGAGCAGAAGACCAGGGGGCGAACGGAAAAGAAAGAAGAAGUAGAAACAGGGUAAAAAUAAGACGAGCCAAAGAAAGGAGUGCAAUCGUCAGCACUCACCCCACAGAGUAUAAAGGCAGAAAGGAGAAGAAGAGAUGAAACCACUGAAGAGACAGAGGGGAUGCUCUCCCCCCUCCACGCGGGCCAAAGGGGGGAAGAAGAGAGGGGCGACAGAGACCCCCCCAGAGAGGGACAACAGGAACAAACUCAGGAAGGAGAACCAAGACGGACAGCCUCAAUCCAUGACCCCCGCCCACUUGCUACGGAAACAAUCCAGAACCUCCUCUGACAGCUCUCAGCGGGAGCCAAUCAGAGUCAGUGAAUCCCCAAAGAAGGAGGGACCUAGAGAGCAGGUGCUGCCAAGGCAACCUGAAGAUAAAGAGAAGACCGAGGACAGCAGAGGGGGGGUUGGGGGGAAACCAGGGGGGCCUAACAGCACCCCCACCUCCUCCCAUAACAACAUCCUCACCAUCCCCACCCCCACUACCAGUCCCAGCCCUACGUCCAUGUCCAGUAGGAAAACAGCCACCUUCAAGGCCAGAGUCCCCAAGAAGAAGUACAUUGCUGAACACUAUGCUGGUAGCAACGCGCCCAGCCUCCCCUUCACCCCUGCCCCCAUGCACAACAGCCACAGUAACUACAGUAGUACUAGCAGUAGUAUUAACAUCAUCAACAGCAGUAGUACUAACAGUAAUAACAGUAGUAAUACCAUUAGUAACAGUAGUAGGACCAACACUACUAUUAAUGGUAUUAACAGUGGUACUAACAGCAUAAGUAACAGCAUUAGUAACAGCAUUAGUAACAGCAUUAGUAACAGCAUUAGUAACAGCAUUAGUAACAGCCAUAGUAGCAGCUCAGUCAGCCACUUGUUAGCCCCCAGUGUGUCCAAUGAGGAGAGGAGGGUAGCCGCUAGCAGCCACAGCCAUGGCCCGGGGGAACAGGGAAUGACAGGGGCCACCAUAGGGCCCAACAAUGGUACUGUGGCCCCCCAGGACAGAGAAAGAGACCCCCAGGGUGGGGAGACAGAGGCAGAGGGGGCCCCUAACUCAGUACGCUCCGUAUCCACGGAUACAGCCAGUGAGCACGAUCUGGAGGUGAACUCCCAGCCCAGUACCAGCCCUGCUAGAGCCCCUUACCAUGGCAGCCUGCCCCCUUACUCUGCUACUACCUCCCAGCCCGGCACCGGCCCCAACCAGAGCCACAGAAAGGGCAGUCUGUCCGGGGCGGAUGCUCUGGCCAAAGGCCUGAAGAACCAGAGAGUUCUAGCCCGCUGUCGAUGGAGAGACAGACUUAACGGAGAGCAAGGUGGGAGGGAGAGAGAGAGGGAUGGACCCCUGUCUCCUAUGUUCAGGGCUGGGGUGGUGCGGCGGGUGAGUGGGGGCAGCGCUGAUAUCCAGCUGCAGGGGGAGGAGGGGAUACUCUGUUACCCCUUUCAGGGGGGGACCGCACACCCGGAGGGGGAGGAGACUAGCGUGGAGUUCAUCCUGGACGCUCCUCCACCCGGCACGGCGUCCGUGGCCAUCGGGACACGCGUAUGUGUGCCUUUCGGAGGGGGAGGGGGACGAGAUGGGGGUGAACAGGGGACACUUCAGCUAUACAGAGAAGGGGUGCUGUCCCAGGUAGACCCCCACCCUGCCGUGUCGUUCCCCUACAGGGUGCUACUGUGUGAGGAUCUAGAGGCGCUGGAGAAUGGAGGGAGGGAGGAGGAGGGAGGGAUGGAGGAGAAGAGGAGGAGGGCGCAGGCCCAGGCAGUAUGGGUGUCCAGACAGAGCCUGAGGCUGCUGACUCCCCCCUGGGAACUGCCUCACCCAGAGAGGGAGAGAGAGAGGGAGAGAGAGAGGGAGGAGAGGGAGAGGAGGGAGGAGAUGGAGGUGGAGAGGGAGGUGUGUCAGCUGAGUAUUGGGAUGGCGCUGGGUGGGCCGAUGGGAGCGGGGGUGAGGUUGGUGCAUAGCUUCUCUCCAGACGGGGUGGUGGGGGGGGCAUCACUAUGGAAACACCCCCCCCCAUCCCUCCUCGUUGGUAACGACCAGCGUUGUCACCAUCACUGGAGAGGGUUACCCUGA